AUGAAGGUAACUACAUUAUCAACGGCUUUGGCUAUAUUAUCUGCUACCAAUAUGGUCGCAGCUGCCCCAGCACCGCAGGUUUUGACGGUGUGGCAAACUGCAACACAGAUUGUUAACACGGAUGGGUCUAUUUAUGACCAGGAAGCUACGCAGGCAACGGUAGCAGCUGUAUCUACCAGUGCAGCUGCAUCAACUGAUACAUCAUCUGCUGGUACUAAUUCAGGUUCCAGCUCAUCCGGAAGCAAGUUCAACUUGGACUCUUUGCUCUCGGGAGGAAGUGGAAAGAUGAAGCAAUGGCUCAGUAAAAUGUUUGGAGACAAUUCCGGAUCUUCUAGUGGAUCUUCAAGUGCAUCCACAAAUGCACCAGUCUCUACAUCAGCCAGUAUUGCCACUAGUACUUCUACUGGAUCUUCAAGAUUAGGAUUUUUAGAUAGCCUUUUGGGUGGAUCAGAUUCAGACUCAGACUCAGACUCAGACUCAGGAUCAGGAUCAGAUAGUUCUUCCACUUACAGACCAUCCACCUUAUCAACAUCAACCUCUUCAUCUUCCGGUUCGUCUAGUACCUCUACUUCCGGCUCGUCAUCUGGUAUUUAUGACCAAAUUUCUGACUCCACAGGUAUCGACAAGACCUUUGCUAAGGAAAUCUUAGAUGCCCACAACACGGAUAGAGCAAAACACCUGGCACAACCAUUGUCAUGGGAUACCGACGCUUAUAACUAUGCAAAGAAAAAUGCAGACAAUUACGACUGUUCUGGUGUUUUGACCCAUACACACGGUCAGUUCGGUGAAAACCUUGCAUGUGGUUACAAGGAUGGUCCUUCUGCAGUUCAAGCUUGGUACGAAGAAGGCCAAACUUAUGAUUACUCUACUGCAAAUGAAUACAAUCAUUUUACUCAAAUGGUUUGGAAAGAUACAACUAAGGUUGGUUGUGCUUACAAAGAUUGUUCUUCAGAAAACUGGGGUUUAUACAUUAUUUGUUCAUACGACCCAGUUGGUAAUGUCAUUGGCCAAAAUAAGGCAAAUGUGUUAGAGAAUUAA